AUGCAUUGCUUUUACAAUUCAAGAAUCAAAAACAUUCAACUCGGGAACAAUAUUGAGAGAAUUCCUGCUUUUGCUUUUUAUAACAGCUCAAUUGAAUCUAUUAAUCUUGAUAAAGUUAGAUAUAUUUGUCCAUACUCAUUUUAUCAAUGCGAACAUCUUAUUGAAUUAACAUUUUCAGAUAAUCUUGUAUAUAUCAGUCGAUAUGCAUUUUCAGGCUGUAUUAAUUUAGAAACAAUUAUUAUUAACUCCCAAAGAAAAAUUGAAGUUGGAAUACAUGCAUUUGAGAAUUGCCACAAACUUAAUAUUGCUAAUAUUGUCUCAUUAAUGAAUGAUAUCCCAGACUCAUGUUUUUCUUGUUGCAAUGAAUUUACCAACCAUGUUGAAACAUCUUCAUCAUGCAUAAUUAUAGGCUCUGAUUCAUUUCGUAACUUUAUAGGAAGCAUUAAAUUGAAUGAAGGACUUGAGAUUAUUAAAGAUUCUGCAUUCCUAAAUUGUUCUCUUCCAUUAAUUACAAUACCAUCAACAGUGAAAUACAUCGGGGAUCGUUCCUUUUUGCAUUGCUAUGAAUUAGAAAGAAUUGAAAUUCCAUCAUCUGUAACAUUUUUAGGAGAAGGAUGUUUUUAUUCAUGUGAAAAAUUAUCAUAUGUAAUAAUUGGAAAGAAUAUAACUGAAUUACCAAGUUAUGCUUUUUAUGGCUGGUAUUCAUUAACAAGUGUGAUAAUAUUAGGUAAAAUUACUCGAUUUAAAUAUUGCUGCUUUCAAUCUUCCAUUGUUUCAUCUGCCAAAGUGGGCUCAAAUUGUAUUUGUGAACCAUAUUCGUUUGCGACAGAAGAAAUGACAUUGCUUGAUAUUGGAAACAAUGCAAUAUUAUCAAUUAAUGAGAUACGAUCUUCAAAACUUAAUAUUGUCUUAAAUGAUAACAUUACAUUUAUAGAUUCAUUACGUUCGGAAUUUCCAAUCAAUAUAUAUUAUGUUGGAAUGGCAAAAUAUAACAAACAAAUUUAUCAAACCCUUUAUUACUUUUUAAACAUGAACAGUGAAACUAAAAUAUAUGUUACACCUCGAUACCGCGACUGUACAUUCUGCGGUUUAAAUGUAAUUCACACUAAUUAUAAUCCAUUUGAAUCACAACAUAUUUCUGUUCUUCAAUUAGGAAGAAAGCUACGCGAGAUCGAAUUACCCCAAAAAUGCAUUGUGAAUGGAUAUGUGACCAUUUAUAAUGUAUAUUUCAAGAGAGUUCAUAAACUUGCUUUUUCUUUAUCAUUUUGUUCAACUCUCUUAAUAAAGCAUCUAUAA